UGCGCGGCGGCGCAAGUUCCGCGCGGCGCUCCUUCGCUGGCGGUGGCGUGCUGUGUGUCAGUUGGCAUUGGUACAAGGAAGGGCCUCCUUAACGCGCGCGCGCGCCGGCACUACCGGGGCCGCGCACUGACGCUCGCCUUGCGCUGGCACCGACAAUGGUGGGAGACAAGAUACCCCUGGUCACAGCCCUGCGGACCGUUCCCAUCAACUCGAUACAGCUGCAGAGCCUUCGCUUCCGACCGGGCCUGCUCGAACCGACCGCGAUGAAGGUGGUCAAACUGCUCAAGUUCGAGCGCAAGCUCAACUCGACACGCAUCGACGCCGCCAUAGGUGAAGCCCUGAUCAAGGCGGCCGAGAAAGGAAACCUACGUGAGUUCGAACGCCUCUUCACGGCCGACGAGAAGCGACUGCAGUUCCGCGACAGCAGAGGUCGGGCAGCCGUUCACCAUGCAGCGGCCCACAACCGGGUCAACAUCCUCGACUUCAUCCUGAAGCACGAUGGCGACUUGACGAUGCUGGACUACGAGGACAACACGCCCCUGCACGCCGCGUGCGAGCACGAGGCGUGCGACGCCAUCACCUUCCUCAUCGAGAACGGAGCCGACACGAGUGUGCUCAACAAGAACGUGCAGAGCCCGCUGCACCUCAGCACGCAGCUCAACAAGGUCAAGUCGCUGCAGGAACUUGUCAAGCACCGAGACAAGCUCGACACAAACCUGAGGAGCAAGCACGGACGCACGGCCCUUCAUCUGGCUGCUAUCUACGACCAUGCCGAAUGUGCCAGAAUACUGUUGAGUCAGUUCGGAGCUUCGCCCAAGCUAACGUGCGAUAACGGCUACUACCCUAUCCACGAAGCGGCAAAGAAUGCAUCGGCUAACGCCAUCGAAGCACUGCUGGAGUGGGGAGAGUCCAGCGGCUACUCGCGAGCUGAGAUGAUGAAGCUCUACGACGCCGAUGGGAACGUGCCUCUCCACUCUGCCGUCCACGCCGGAGACAUAAAAGCGGUUCAGCUGUGCCUCGAGAGCGGCGCGCUGAUCAGCACCCAACAGCACGACCUGUCGACGCCCGUGCACCUGGCGUGCGCCCAGGGUGCCAUGGACAUCGUGCGGCUCAUGUUCUCCCGGCAGCCGGACCAGCGGGUGCACUGCCUCACCUGCAGCGACGCCCAACAGAUGACGCCACUCCACUGCGCCGCCAUGUUCGACCACGUCGAGCUCGUCGAGUACCUCGUCUCCGAGGGUGCCAGCAUGAAUGCCACGGACAAGGAAGGCCGCACGGUGAUCCUGCUGGCGGCUGCCCGCGGUGCCUGGAAGACGGUGACCGCCCUGCUGAGGCUGGACGCCGACCUGAGCGUCAAGGACAACCUGCGCCGCAACCUGCUGCAUCACAUCGUGCUCAGCGGGGGGCUCCUGGACGACUUCCACGGGGAGAUCAACGAGCGACUGAAAGACUUCGCCGAGUUGCUCAACGAGCGCGAUAUCCAGGGCUGCACAGCGAUGCAUUACGCUUCGAGAAAUGGCCAGCUCAAAACAAUCGAAAGCCUGCUCCACUUCGGUGCCAUCGUAAACCUCAAGAACAACGACAAUCAGUCGCCUCUACACUUUGCCGCAAGGUACGGCCGUUACAACACGGUUCGCCACCUGCUCGAAAGCAAGAAGGGUCACCUGAUCAUCAACGAGAUGGACGGUGAAGGCAAGACGCCGCUACACAUAGCUUCGCAGAAUGGACACACUAGGGUGGUCCACCUACUUCUGGUGAAAGGCGCACUGCUUCACAGGGACCACAAGGGAAGGACUCCUCUCCACUACGCAGUCACCAACGGCUUCACUCACACCAUGGAACAGCUACUGGCAGUGCAUUCACACCUGCUCGAUCAGACCGACCGCGAUGGGAACACAGCCUUGCACCUGGCCGCCAUGCACAACAAGGCGAACACGGCGUCCCUUCUGCUGAGCCUCAACUGCAAGAUUUCGCACAACGAGCAGGACUUCACGCCCAUAGACUACGCGCUGCACUACAAGCACAGCGAGGUGACCAUGGUCAUGGUAACGCAUCCGUCCAGGAGUGAAGAAGUGAUGAGCUGUCGAACAAAGCGGUACACGUGCCUCGUCGAAGGACUUACGGCAGUCAUGCCAGAAGUCAUGAUGGCUGUUUUGGACCGGGGGAUAACGAAAUCCAAGUACAGCCAUGAUUCCACUUCCUAUUAUGUAAAGCAUAGCUUUCAAGCCCUUCAGAAUACAGAAGGCGUUGGCGACAUCGUACCUGAAACCGAUCAACCACUACCUGUGAUGAAUAUUAUGGUGAGAUAUGGGCGCGAAGAACUUCUGUCUCAUCCCCUCUGUGUCAAGUAUUUAGAGACAAAAUGGAACUCGUACGGAAUGUAUUUUCAUAUAUUAAACCUCGCCGUAUAUACCGUGUUCUUGGCUUUCUUGACGACGAACGCCGUGCAGCUCAUGGGUGAAACAACAGACAGGGAGAAUUUCACGCAAGUCACGUCAAAGGAGCUCGCCACCGCAUUCGCCCAUCCUUCCACUGCCACCAUGGUCGCCUUGACGUCUGUGAUUGUCCUGGCAUUUGUUGGGCUGAACAUUGUUAAGGAGUUUUACCAGAUGUAUCAACAGCGAGCCAAGUACUUCUUGGACAUUAUGAACGUCUUGGAGUGGACACUCUACAUUUCCGGUGGUCUGAUGGCUGCCGGCCACCUAUCGACAAUGGUGGUUGAUCGAAGCAACCAGUACAUCAUGGCGGCUUUGGCCGUGUUCUUAGCCUGGUUCAACUAUCUGCUCUACCUACAAAGGUUCAACCGGAUCGGCCUUUACGUCGUCAUGUUCCUAGAAAUAUUGUCCACUUUACUAAAGGUCAUGUUCGUCUUCUCCGUUCUAAUAAUUGCCUUCGGCUUGAGCUUCCAUAUUCUCCUCGCCAAAAUUGACAUCAAUGUGAAAACGCCGGUCGUUGACCCCUACACAGGAAACAUCACAAUGCGAGCAAUGAACAUGAGCGACAAGGGUUUCCACAACCCGCUGAUAUCCCUGGUUCGCGUCGGAACCAUGAUGCUCGGGGAGCUGGACUUCCUGGGCACGUACCUGCGUCCGAUGCGCGCCCUGGAGUCGUCGGCCUGGUACCAGAUCGUGGCCGCCACCUGGUUUCUCGUAGUCUUCAUCGUGCUCAUGCCUAUUUUACUCAUGAACCUGCUCAUCGGCUUGGCCGUCGGCGACAUUGAAACCGUCCGCCGCAACGCACAACUGAAAAGGCUCACAAUGCAGGUGGAGCUGCACACCGACCUCGAGCGAAAGCUGCCUCGACGCAUCCUGACCAUGGUAGACAAGACCGAAGUCUACGUGUACCCCAACCAAAAAGGCUCUUCGUCUUACGUCUGGCAGACAAUACAGCGCUGGUUUGCUAGCCCUAGAGAGAACAGCAAACGAAGCAAAGCCUUUGCCGCUGGCGGCGGAGUUCCGGACAACUCCUUUCAGGAGCUGUGUGUCGAGCUUAAAAGGCAAAAACAAAGGAUGAAAGAGAUGUCGAGGGCUAUGGAACAGCAGCUUUCCUUAAUGCGGCUCGUCGUUCACAAGAUGGAGAUUCGAACCGAGAACGACGAAAUGGACGAAGGAAACUGCGAGAACAUCCAGGACCGGCCGCUUAGCGCGACGACGCAGGGCAGCCUAUGAUCUUUCCACGUCGCGUACUAAUUCGCGAUGCCAUCUGUGUGUCUUCAGAAAGUCAUGUGCGUGAUAUCUGCGGAAAUCACUAGUAACACAUAUCUCACCCAUGUUUCGGGACGUUGAUGCAAGACUGUCGAAACACCUUGAGCGCUUUGUCGCUGAUGACAUUCGGCAUGAUAUUUUUUGGCCUUAACUUUCAGUUUCUACCCAAUCAAAGGACGUACACAGACACAAAAAAGGGGACGAUACCUAUCGAUAAAUAUCACCUGACAAAUGCCACACAUACAACAAUCGAACAUUAUAGCCUAUGAUUUAUACGCGUUCUCGUGUGGCUAUAUGAGAUUAGUAGAAACAUGGCAAAUGUGUCACACGAAAUUUUUUAAUGGAUUGAAUAGGUGUUAUCAUACCGCGAUAUAUGGCAUUAAUUGUAUUAUUUGUCCAAAAUGAAAUAAUCGUCAGUCUGUCGCGAAAGACAACUAAAUGGAUGAGAGCGUGGAACCUAACGUGUAAUACACUACCUUUCCGUUGGAAAUUGAAAUUUCCAACCACCUCACUUUUCUCCGCAUCUCUCAGCAAGCUUUUCUCUGCCAGUGGCAUACGGCACCACUGCUAUUUGCGAUCUUAAACUACGAGAACAUGAUAGCAUUGCUCAUUGACAUUCAUUUUACAAUAAGCAUUGAACACAGUUAAAAUAAAUUUAUAGUCCAUACGUAAUCUACAGCAGUUUUAAAGGGGCACCAAGAGGAAAAUAUGAAGUCCUGCUUUGGUUUUUUAAUAAAAGAUUCGCAAUUCAUAGCGACAACAAAGCUUUUCUUUCUUUUCUUUUUUUUGAGAGCGAAAAAAAUAACAAAGAGAGAAAAUGUGAGUGGCGCUUUUGGAUUAAGGUACUUUUCAUGUGGUACCGGCACUCACUGAUUUGCGGGGAGCGGCAGAGAGGAAGGUCACGUGGGUAUCACGUGAACUCGUCCCCUUUUGGCACGAGCGGUACAAAUCGAGGAGCAGCUGGUGGACUUUGGUUGUCAAUUUUCAACGUAACAGUCGUAUAUUGGCACAGAGUAAACGAUGAUUAGGUUUUAAGCGAAUAAUCUGCCAACCUUACUUAGAAUAAUUUUUGUUCUUUUGUGGCAAUAGUGUGGCAAUUUCGUGGCCAUAAUUUUGUGGCUAAAGAUUAAACUCGCGUGUAUCGGUAUUGAGCUAAAACUACCACAUUUCUGUGGAUUAACAGCUUUCUGAAGACAGUGAAAUUUGCCACCAAAGUACAUGUAUUACAGCUACCUCAUUCUUUCACGCAGCAGCUUGCAGCUGUUCGCACACAAACACAAAAAUAUAGCAAACUGUUGUCUUCACUAACGUCAACUAAAUCCUGCUGAGGCCAACCCCCAAUUGCGUUUAAACAUCUGCAUCUGUAAGGCACCAUACCUUGAAAUCCAUAAUAAAGUCAUUUCCGCAAAGCGCUAUAACGAAGAACGUUUCAUAUUGUAUUACGCGUUAGCGAUAUCAAACUCUAAACUACUGGCAUGCGACAAACAACGCCCCGUCACAUGUCUCUGUUUGAUUCACGAAAGUCUUGCAUCAUCUGUGCCACACUCAUACAAUAUGUGAACGUGCGUCAUGUAUGUAACCAUUACUUUGCAAUUGCUGCACACGUGUUUACGAGGUGUGAGGGUAUAUUUCAUCUGUUGGUUUAUGAGCGUCGUACAAACAGAAAUACAUGAACUAGUAGGCCUCUGUCAAUUUCUCUUUGUCGGAUCCGGUGCUUAGAGGUGCUUUUUGAGGCUCCGUUUAAACGGCACGGUAAUCAAAUCGUUUCCCCAAUUAAAGGAGUCAUUGUAGAAGAAACGCGUAUAAUAUCCUUUAAGAGAAGAAAAAAGAUUCGGAUGAUGUGCAUUGUAAUCUAUAUUUUGACGUCAGUAGCUGCAUACAUGCCUUAUCAGAGUAUAUAACUACUGGACCACUACAUCUUGCUUUUUCUACUCUCAAAGCAUGCUAAUAACAAGAAAGCACUUUACAUAUUUAGCUCUUUCAACAUUAUCCUUGAUAUAGGUAAAUAAGUAAUUUCCCUUCUAAAUUUGGUGAUUCUGCUUAGUGUGAAGAAUAAUUUUGAUGCGUGGAAAUUACCGAAAGCCUGAACGAAUGGCUAGCAUUUCUUAUAAACACGUAAGCGAGCUCUAACUUAUAUGUGGAUCAAAUCAUUACGGUUUGUAAACAUGUUGCAUGCUGUAAGACAAUUGUAACCUUAUCUCCUUCAGAGUACUAAUAUUGGUCAUUCGCCUCAAAAACUAAUUCGGGCAUGGAACAACGAUUCAAUUAAUUAUACAGACAAUUGUCACUUGAUUAUUUAAACGCUCGGUACUUUCAUUUACAAUAUACACACUAAAAAACGUUUCUGUGGGCGAUUACUUCUUCCACGGUAUUUUAAGAAUGCAGCUUACAAACAAACUCUGAACUGAAAUUUUUCAUUGCUGUCAUACCGUGUGACGUAAACGGUCGGAUCACGAGUUCGUCACGUGACGCCGAAGCUCCAUUAACUACUCUUUAGUGAUCCAACAUCGCUUGUGCUACUUGCAUAUCCUGCGAUUUUAGCACACUGGUUCUUGCGUAAGUGAUGUGAAAAUUUACUCAUCGACCUAACUAUAAUCAAAUGUGCGUGUGUGUGCAGUAAGUAAUGCGCGCGUGUUUAUUUUUGCCGGUAGCUUCGAAUGUAUGAAUAAGCUCGCAAGUGUUUAAUUUUUGAGAUAAUUUGCCGAGUGCUUGCUUCAAGAAAUGCCUAAAUUCUAGUGCCGGGAAAACUAGUUACAGAAUGCUAUUUUCGCUGCCUAAAGUGUAACGUACGUAGUAGCUCGAAACAUGUGCUAUAAUAAUAAUAAUUCUGAAUGUUGGCUCGAGACCAAUGUGACCAAGGUUGUUUCCGGGCCAGUGGCGGCAUGCAGCGUCAACUAAAGGCAACAUCUUCCUGGGGUUACGGAUCUCGGAGACCAGGGCUUCCCGAUCAAUAAUUUCAACGUUUUCCCAUACUUGUUCCAGGUGGCGUGCACGUCUCAUCUCUGUUUCUCAACGCGAUGAGAAAACCGCUUGAUAUUUGAAAAGAGCUAGCAGUUGUACGUGCAAGACCACGGUUCAAAAAUGAGUGCAUUUAAACUCGGCGCUUAUUUUUAGCAUUUCGUGCCCUAUGCAUGUCUUACAUCAUUGGCCGUUGUUCAAUUGAUGCUUACUCGAAUCGAAACGCUAGUUACGGUCACUAGUGCGAAUAGUCUCUUCACCGUUGGUUUCCGAUAGCGUUGUGAUGUAUGAACGGGUGUAUUUUUUUAUGCAGACACAGAACGAAUUUACCACAUUCUUAACUAAACGAAGACGUUCUUUAAUAGGUAGUAGUUAUUCGGGAAGAUCACUAUGUACAGUGGUCGCACAUCUGCAGUCGUUCUGGCGUUCGCGACAGCGGUGCGUUGUACUCAUACAAAGUGCAUAAAGAGCGUAACCUAAACCCCAAUAACAGUGUGUGGUUAACCUAAGCUGCUCACUCAACAUCAGGCAUGUGAAUAAUAGACUUAUAUAUGAUGUAGUGCACAUAUAGCAGGCUCUCCUAUUUAAAGGGUUUAUUCAGCGUCAUAACCUGCUAAUUCAGCGUUUCCCUAUGAUCCAGUGCAGCUUUCAACGGAACGAGAACACUAUGUUAUCAUGUGGGAUGAUUAUAAAUAAUGGUUAUGGAGUGUAAAUAUUUGUCAAAUCAGAGAACUACAUGCACGCUAUGAACAUUUAAGUACUACGCAUGCGCACAUUCACCUAAUUAUGCGGGAUAAACGAACAAAAAGCUCACCAAAGCGAUUGCUCUGAGAGCGUUAGAGGGUUCGAGAUAGAGUCAGAAAUUGUUUUAAUGAAUGGUUAACAAGCUUUAUCACUUACCCUAGAAUUCUAUCUAGUCAUUUGGAUCACGUUGGUUAAAAAGAAGUUUCAUCAUCUUGUUUAAAAAAAA